CAAAGAUCAGCCACUGCCCAGUCCUCGAGGGGAGGGGGCAGCGAGCCGCUGACCAAGCUCAGGCCUCACACAGACCACCAGAUUCAAGGGCAUGGCUCUCGACCGGGUCCCGAGGAGGGUAGGAGUGGUGGGCUACGGCCGCCUUGGACAGUCCCUUGUUUCUCACCUGCUGACUCAGGGACCAGAACUGGGCCUAGAACUUGUUUUUGUCUGGAAUCGUGACCCAGGGCGAAUGGCAGGGAGUGUGCCCCCUUCCCUGCAGCUCCAGAACCUCGCUGCUCUUGGGGAGAGGCACCCUGACCUUGUGGUGGAAGUGGCCCAUCCAAAAAUAAUUCGGGAAUCUGGAGCACAAAUCCUGCGCUGUGCCAAUCUCCUGGUGGGAUCCCCCUCAGCCCUGGCUGACCAGGCCACAGAGCAGGAGCUCCUGGAGGCCUCGCACCGCUGGAACCACGCUGUGUUUGUGGCCCGGGGGGCCCUGUGGGGCACCGAGGACAUCACCAGAUUGGACGCAGCUGGGGGCCUCCAGAGUCUCCGCGUCACCAUGGCCACGCACCCCGAUGGCUUCCGGCUAGAGGGACCGCUGGCUGCAGUACCCAGCACUGGGCGUCGCACUGUGCUCUAUGAAGGCCCCAUCCGUGGACUCUGCCCCUUUGCCCCCCGCAACUCCAACACCAUGGCGGCUGCCGCACUGGCUGCCCCCAGCCUGGGCUUUGACGGCGUGGUUGGGGUGCUUGUGGCAGAUCUCAGCCUCACAGACAUGCACGUGGUGGACGUGGAGCUGAGUGGACCCCCAGGCCCCACGGGGCGAAGGUUUGCUGUGCACACCCACAGAGAGAAUCCUGCUGAGCCCGGCGCUGUCACGGGCUCUGCCACUGUUACCACCUUCUGGCGCAGCCUCCUGGGCUGCUGCCAGCUCCCCUCCAGGCCGGGGAUCCAUCUCUGCUGAGAAGCCGCCUCCUUCCCUAGCGGACACCUUCGUCUCAUUUACGUCCCCCCACCACCGCCCUGGCCUCGGUUACCCCCGACCUCCCUGCUGUCUCAGUAAAUAUUGGAGGCUCUUCUCCCUGCAUGGUCUG